AUGACGGCACAGAUCCUCAGCUCGGAACUUGCAAACCUCAUCCAGGAUUCAAAACGAAAGAAUACUGAGCUAAGAAAUGCCUCGGAGAAGGCUCUCCAAGACCUCAAGGCUCUUCCAGCCACUUCAGAAACCCAACUUGCAGCAGGUCUCGAAAUCCAGUUGAAGAUAUUGCAAGCACUUCCGUCCUUGCUUCAGAACUACUCAAAUGAGCUCAGGGGAGAGUUACUCUCCCUCUCCUUGCAAGUAUGCUCCUUUUUGCAGACCGUCAAGAACCCGGCAGUGGGAAAUACUGCCGCUGCGACACUGCAGCAACUUGUGAUCUCUGUCUUUGACAAAGUAGCUUCGGAAGAUGACAGAUCUCUUGAGAUUCCAACGAUCGCCGAAGUUCCAGCAGGUGAUACUUCGGCGACGGUGCGACCAGCAGCACAUGAUGCAUACAAGAUGUUCCGCGAUCUUUGUCUCGUAACAGAAGGCGGCAAGGCUGAGUUUAUCCGAUUCUCUUCGCUAUCGCAGACAUCCGGAUUGGAACUCAUUGAAUCAGUCCUCACCAAUCAUGGCACUAUCUUCUCCAGCCAUCCGGAGCAAGGCCACACUUUAAGGUCUUUACUAAUGCCUUUUAUCAUUCGAUCUUUGUCUGAUCGGCUCACAUUCCCAAUAGCAUUACGUGUCAUUCGAAUCCUUUACGUUUUGAUUCGAAACCAUUUAGCAGUCAUGCCAUCGGAAUGCGAGAUUGCCUUGGGACUAUUGAACCAUAUGUUAGACCCCGAAGCAUCACCCCCAUGGAAGCGAGCCCUUUGCAUGGAAGUGUUUCGCGGACUCUAUUCGGACCCCAACCUGAUUCUUCAGAUCUACGGAGAAUACGACGGAUCGAAUGGCAAAAAAAUCAUACUACGCGACAAUCUCGCAGCCUUCGUUCGUUUAUCGACCGAAAAGCCUGCGGCGAUAGGUCUGGGUCACCACUCAACGGCGCCGGUCACCCUUAAUAACAAAGAUGCACAAGCUGACCAAGCGGUCGUCGAGAGUUCUAUUGCGGGCGUCAUUGCGGGCCCAAGCAAUAACAACGCCGCUCCAACUGGCAUUGGUAUAAGCAUUCAAUGGAGCUCGAUACGGACCCCUUGUUUGGAUAACCUUGACAAGUCUGAGGCACCCAACCUCCCCGAGACGUACAUAUACAGCUUAGUGUUGACUUGUAUCAACAACCUAUCAGAAAGCUUGGCCAAGUUCAUACUUCCGUUAACAGUGCACACCGAAAGCAAAGCCAAGAAGAAGGCUAAAGCACAAGAGGUAUCACCUCAAGACAAUGGUUCUCCUGCUCCUUCUGGACUUUCGAGGACUCAAUCGUAUCGCAAAAGGACCGUCCCAAUCAACCCUUUAGAUCUAGAGAAGCACUCGGCGUACACUCGAAUUAAAACAGCGGCCGAUCUCAUAAACGAAUGCUGGCCCGCUGUACUUGCUACUUGUUCAACUUUUCUCCAUGCGGCACUAGAUACAGACUACUACCGAGCAUUGGUUCGAUCUAUCCAGAAGUUCACACAGGUUGCCGGUCUUUUGAGAUUAUCCACCCCAAGAGAUGCGUUCUUGACGACGCUCGGAAAAGCUGCGGUACCAUCCCAUGUGCUAACUGCAAACUUGGCUUCGCCCAAGACACCCGCAUUAGAAAGUCCAAGCAUCUUCUCCAAUCCAAAAGGGCUCCUCAGCGUGGAUAGUUUUGUCAGCCAGAGCUCCACGUUGUCUCAAGACAGGUCCAGGGGUACGUCAAUGGACGCCAUGAACCCUCAGUUGACCACAAGGAAUCUACUCUGUCUGAGAGCUCUGCUGAAUCUUGCCAUCGCUUUGGGCCCUACUCUAGGAGAUUCGUGGUCAAUAGCAUUUGAAACAUUGCAACAGGCAGAUAUAGUCAUGGCUGCAUCGAAUACAAAAGGUGGUGCUCGGAACGAUGGCGAGACAUCUGCGCAGAGUCUUGGCUCGGAGAUUGCUGCUGUUCAAUCUGCUGCAUCUAGGUUGUUCGAAAGUACUGCGGACUAUCCGAAUGAUUCCUUCGUCCAAGUUCUGGAUUCUCUUUGCAGUCUCCUUCGCGGAAAGUCUCUGCCUGCAAGUACACCAAGGGCCUCUAGUGGAUCGUUCGGAACCCCCAUACAUCAUCAACGAAGGGUUGGAAGCAUAUCUGGAAUAUCUCUGAACACUGAGUCCGACGCUCGAGAUUACGUCUUUGCCCUCAACAAAAUCGCCGACCUCGUCGUGCUAAACGAAUCGCGACUGGCCCAUUAUGAGGCGACUGAAAGUGGCUGGGAAAUCAUGAUCAAAGAGCUUGUCUCAACUUGCAUCAACUGCAGCAUUGCUAGUUCUGCUCGACUCCUCGCGGCUGAUAUAAUUGCGAGGACAGUGAAAGACAUUGCGGGGCUCUCAAUGAUGGAAGCAGAAGGCCAAAACAGCGACGUUCAGGAUCGGCUGCUAUCUGCUCUGCAAUACCAAAUAUCGGCACUUUAUGAAGACCAGCCAGAGGACGAGGAUUCUAUCGACGAGACAGAUGUCGAAGUCCACCACAUCGCUCUGGAGGCUUUGAAAUCUGUCAUGGAGCAGUGUGGAGAAUCACUCACUGCAGGGUGGGACUCUGUAUUUGUUGUACUGAAAAGCGCUUUUGAAACCCGUCACUCAAAGCACAACGAGACGGAUUCUCACAAAUCCAACGGACGUAGCACGGAUCUGUCUCUCCAACCUUCCCGAGUCAGAUCGAAAAGACUUGCUCGCUCAGCAUUCGGCUCUGCGCAUUUGGUAUGCUCAGAUUUUCUGGCCACAGUCCCGGAUAGCUCCAUUUCCACUCUUCUUGAACUACUCAUUCUCUUUUGCGCUCAACAAGACGACCUAAACAUGUCCUUGACGACUAUUACCUUUUUCUGGAAUGUCUCUGAUUUCCUCCACAAUCGAAUAGACAUGUCAGCUUUGCCUCGCCAACAUGCGGGAGAGGACGUGCGCCACGAUAUCGAAGAAGCAUCCAACCAGGGGUCUCUUCCUGCCCUCUGGAUCCAAGUGCUGCUUUAUCUCAUUGCAGUCACCACUGAUGACCGUAUGGAAGUGAGAAAUGGCGCAGUUCAAACUAUUCUAAGGAUCUUCGACAAUUACGUGGACCAAAUGUCCCCUGAAACCUGGAUGUUUUGUCUGCGCGUAGUCCUAUUCCGCAUGAUAGAAGCCAAUCUCAAUGUGCAGCUGAGUCUUAGAUCUUUAGAGCGAGGGCCUGAUUCCGAAAUAAUCGCGAGUUGGAACGAUACCACGAAGGUGAUAUUGAGAGCAAUGACCAGCUUGUUCACGACUUAUUUGGAUACCGUCGAGAGCUCAGCGGACUUCGGUAAUGCGUGGGGCACGAUUCUGCAGUUCUUCGAGCGGUACUACACCUGUCGCUCGCAUUCUCUUGGGGCAUCCAUAUUCACUGCUAUUACUGGCGUACUCUCGAAAAGCGAAGAUCUCAAUAAAAUUGGGGUCCCCGCCCUUCUCCAGACAGCAAGCCUCUGGAGGAAAUACUUUGAUCAUCGAGGCCUCUGGCGGGCUGAAGGAGAUAGUACUCAAGACGCGUUUGUGGCUUAUGCUCAAGCCUUCAAGGAGAUAUACCGGCUCAGCAAAGAUGCAAUAGAAGCUGAGCAAGUUCUUGGGAUGAUUACGAAUCUCGAAGACUCCGUUUUGCUAUCCGAAAAGAUCGCUUACUCUUCUGACGUCGAUUACAUGACACCUCUGCAAACGCAAGUCACCGAGUGUAUUGCCUUAGUACGUUCAGAUAUUACUGGAGCCCCAUCUUUCCUCAUCAAGCUACUGUCUCGAUUCGUAGCUCUUCCUUUCACAAAAACGUCGCCCGACUCUGGACAGAAAGGUCCAACCUUCGUCGCACUAUCAAAGGCCGCAAUGUCUUUACUCCAGGCCAUCGCAAUCAAGCACAUAUCCCUCGAAGAAGUCUUCACAAGCGGCGCCCUCGACUUCGCCCUCGUCAGCCUCGUCAAACCAAUUCAAGAAAAAUACAUCUGGCAACUCGAAGGCAAAUCCCCCCCAGCCUGGCAAAAAGCCACAUCUACCGCCCUCGCCAUCCUCGAACCCGCCUUACCCCAAUCCCGCGCCUUCUCCCUCACGAAAGAGACCACAAGAAACAUCUGGGACCAAGUCAUCCACCUUGCCUCCGCCAUCGCCCGCGCCGCCAUCUCCUCGGCCCCUCCCACCACUAACUUCUCAAAAGACGAGCAAUUCGACAUCGCAGCAUUCAAAAGCUUAAGAGACAUGAUCACCCCUGCCCUCGGCAGCCCCUCUAUCCCAGACACAACAAGACGCGCGUACACCGCGCACCUUUUCACAAACUCCCUGGUUCAUGCCACCGGGCCCGGCGAGAUCCCCCCACCGGGCACUGGGCCCCUCACAGAUCUCUACAAACCCCGCUACGGCCGCACCGCUGACCCGCUGCUCACUCUCCGCUCUGCCAUGGCCUACGUCUGCCUCGCCGAGCUCGUGUCGCUCGUGUCUAUACACUCCAGCAGCGUCGAGGAAGUCAAGCUUGCGCAGGCAGCGGCCCCGUACCUUAUUCUCCGCGCGGCGUUGCCGCUCAAGGCGUAUAUCGCGGACCAGCCGCUUAGGGGCCGCAUGCCGCAGCCUGAGAGCCAGCGAAGGGAGUUGCUGGAAGUUGUGAGGGCGAUGAGGGGGAUGGAGUGUGAGCCCAGGGCUAUUCCAGAUGCGGAGGGGGUGAGCGCGCCGAUGAAGAAGCAUCUUGUGAGGCUGUUUCCGUUGGUGUGCUCGGCGGUUAGAGUGGCGAGGGGGGAUAGAGAGGUGAGUGGGGAGUUGGUUGGGUUGGUGGAGGGCGUGGGGGAGGAGUUUGGGGUGUAG